AUGGCCGUGACCGAGAGGAUUCCAUUAGCAUCUAUGUCGAAUUUCACCUCGAUUUGCGGGACCCCACGUGGAGCUGGAGGGAUCCCAUCUAACCGAAAGCUUCCUAAGGAUUUGUUAUCCCUCACGAAUUCGCGUUCGCCUUGCAGCACAUUUAUCUCGACACUCGUUUGGCCAUCGGCAGCUGUGGAGAAAACCUCCGAUUUUGAAGUCGGUAAAGUGGUAUUUCUCGGGAUAAUUUUCGUCAUUACGCCACCGAGCGUCUCUAAGCCGAAAACUCGUUCCUACCUGAACGGCGGCUCCAAGAGCAACAACCUCGUCUGGAUUAACAGUGACAUUAGGUUCUUUCCCAGUCAUCUUCUUAACAAGACCCUGAACGGCAGGUAUUCGGGUCGAGCCUCCAACAAGAAUUACUUCAUCUAUGUUCUUUAUCGAGAGGUUUGCAUCUCUCAAGGCAUUCUCAACAGGAGUUUUCAGCCUGCAGAAGAUGAAUGCAAGACAAAAAUCACACAGGACCGAAAGAAUUAUCUUAAUCCUAUUGUGAAGUUUGAACAUAUUUUAGUAGUUAACUCUCACCUGUCUAGUAAGUCAGAGCAUAAGUCUUCGAAUUUAGCCCUUGUUAAGGUUGUAUCUAUGUGUUUUGGACCAGUUGCAGUGGCAGUGAUAAAGGGCAAACUGCAAGGCAACAAAACCACUCAGUAA